GGGGGGGGUGGACUGGCAUGGUUGGUCGGUUUUCCGGGUUGCAAGUUGUUCCGCCGGAUUGGUCGGGAGAAGCGGGCGGUGCGGAUCGCCGCCAAAAGGAAAAAGAUCCCCGUUUCUCCAUGCCUGCCGUUUCUCCGUUCCUAAACGAAGGGCUUACGGUGUAAGAAGAAGCAGAAGCAGCAGAAGGGGGAGAAAAAAGAAAAAAAAAGAGAGAAAGGCUGUGGAUGGGGCGAUGAACACCGAGGCGCGCCAAGCUGCUGCCCCGACAUCUCCGGCGGGGGGUGCUGGAUGGAUUUGCUGCAGCAACUCCCCGCAACUCUGGUGAUGCCCGGCCGCCCCCCGAAGUGACGCGAGGAGCUAAGCCAGAGGCUUCCCCGGCAAGCUUGGACCGUUUUUCCUCUCUCGCCAACCAGCUGCAGGCUCUUUCCGGAGGCUUUUGCUUCAAACUCCCAACUCUCUCUCUCUCUCUCUCUUUCUUUCUUUUUUUUUUCUCUCUCCCUCUCUCUCUCCAACCUUGUUGUCUUUCUUUGGCUCCCUUUUUCGCCCCCCCUUUUUCGGCGCUGGGUCUUGGCUUAAACCUCCUCGGCCGUCUCCUUCUCCAUCUUCCCUGAAGCUGGCCCGAAGCGCAGGAGAUAUGGAAGUUUUUGUCUACGCUUUGCUCCUGUCCGUCUGUUGGACUCGAACCUGGGAAGCGGCGCGGGCGGAUUCCAUCAUUCACAUCGGGGCAAUAUUUGAUGAAUCUGCAAAAAAGGACGAGGAAGUGUUUCGCAUGGCCGUUUCUGAUCUCAACCAAAACGAUGAAAUCUUACAAACAGAGAAAAUCACCAUAUCUGUGACUUUUGUGGAUGGCAACAACCCGUUUCAAGCAGUUCAGGAAGCCUGUGAACUCAUGAAUCACGGGAUCCUGGCUCUGGUCAGCUCCAUUGGUUGUACAUCGGCUGGUUCCCUCCAAUCUCUGGCAGAUGCCAUGCACAUUCCUCACCUCUUCAUCCAGAGGUCAACAGCUGGGACCCCAAGGAGUGGCUGUGGCACUACCAGGAGUAACCGGAAUGACGAUUACACCCUCUUUGUCCGCCCACCUGUCUACAUCAAUGAUGUCAUCUUGAGAGUGGUCACCGAAUACGCCUGGCAGAAAUUUAUUAUUUUCUAUGACAAUGAAUAUGAUAUCCGUGGAAUACAAGAGUUUUUGGACAAAGUAUCUCAGCAGGGAAUGGAUGUAGCACUUCAGAAAGUGGAGAACAACAUCAAUAAAAUGAUCACAGGACUCUUCACCACCAUGCGGAUUGAAGAACUCAACCGCUAUCGGGACACGCUGAGGCGGGCCAUUUUGGUAAUGAACCCUUCGACAGCCAAGUCUUUCAUUGCUGAGGUUGUGGAAGCCAAUUUGGUUGCUUUUGACUGUCACUGGAUCAUUAUAAAUGAGGAAAUCAAUGAUGGGGACGUACAGGAUCUGGUGAGAAAGUCAAUUGGAAGAUUAACAAUUAUUCGGCAGAGCUUUCCUGUACCACAGAACAUCAGUCAGCGCUGUUUCCGUGGGAACCACCGAAUAUCUUCAUCACUUUGUGACCCGAAAGACCCGUUCUCUCAAAAUAUGGAGAUUACCAACCUUUACAUAUACGAUACUGUGUUGUUGCUGGCAAAUGCUUUUCAUAAGAAGCUGGAAGACCGAAAGUGGCACAGUAUGGCUAGCUUGACAUGCAUUAGGAAGAAUUCAAAACCCUGGCAAGGAGGGAGAUCCAUGCUGGAUACAAUCAAGAAGGGUGGAGUGAAUGGCUUGACAGGAGACCUGGAGUUUGCAGAGAAUGGUGGGAAUCCAAAUGUUCUGUUUGAGAUCCUAGGGACAAACUAUGGAGAGGAACUAAGCAGAGGAAUCCGCAAGCUGGGCUGCUGGAAUCCUGGCACUGGUCUGAAUGGGUCACUAACAGAUAGAAGACUGGAAAAUAACAUGCGGGGAGUAGUUCUUCGUGUAGUCACUGUGUUGGAGGAACCAUUUGUGAUGGUGUCAGAAAAUGUUCUGGGCAAACCAAAGAAAUAUCAGGGUUUCUCCAUUGAUGUCCUGGAAUCUUUAUCUACUUAUCUUGGCUUCACAUAUGAAAUUUAUGUUGCACCAGAUCAAAAAUACGGACUUCCACUGGAGAAUGGGACUUGGAAUGGACUGAUUGGAGAACUGGUAUUAAAGAGAGCUGAUAUAGGCAUUUCUGCAUUAACGAUUACACCAGACCGGGAAAACGUGGUCGAUUUUACAACUCGCUACAUGGACUACUCGGUGGGAGUCUUGCUGCAAAAGGCUGAAAAGACCAUGGAUAUGUUUGCCUGUCUGGCACCGUUUGACCUCUCCCUCUGGGCUUGCAUCGCUGGCACAGUGCUGCUCGUCGGACUCUUGGUAUAUCUUCUCAACUGGCUUAAUCCUCCACGUCUUCAGAUGGGAUCGAUGACCUCCACAACCCUCUACAACUCCAUGUGGUUUGUGUACGGAUCCUUCGUGCAGCAAGGAGGAGAAGUUCCCUAUACCACACUGGCAACGCGAAUGAUGAUGGGUGCCUGGUGGCUGUUUGCCUUGAUCGUCAUCUCAUCCUACACUGCAAAUCUAGCGGCUUUCCUCACCAUCACUCGCAUUGAGAACUCCAUCCAGUCUCUUCAAGAUCUCUCCCGGCAGACAGAUAUUCCUUACGGCACCGUUUUGGAUUCUGCAGUCUAUGAACAUGUACGGGUGAAAGGAAUGAAUCCUUUUGAGAAGAACAGCAUGUAUUCGAAGUUGUGGCAGAUGAUUAACCGAAGUAACGGGUCUGAGAACAACGUGCAAGAAUCCCAGAUCGGCAUUCAUAAGGUCAAAUAUGGAAAUUACGCCUUUGUUUGGGAUGCCGCAGUUUUGGAAUACGUUGCUCUGAAUGAUCCAGACUGUUCUUUCUACACCAUUGGAAAUACUAUUGCAGAUCGAGGAUACGGAAUUGCUCUUCAACAUGGAAGCCCCUACAGAGACGUCUUCUCGCAAAGGAUUCUAGAACUUCAGCAGAAUGGACACAUGGAUCUACUGAAGCAUAAGUGGUGGCCAAAGAAUUCCCAGUGUGAUCUGCACUCCUCUGUGGACCCCAAAUAUAAAGGGGGAGCCUUGGACAUAAAAAGCUUUGCAGGUGUUUUUUGCAUUCUGGCAGCUGGGAUUGUUCUCUCCUGCUUAAUUGCCAUGUUGGAAACAUGGUGGAAUAAAAGAAAAGGCUCACGGGUUCCUUCAAAAGAGGACGACAAAGAAAUUGAUCUAGAGCAUCUCCACAGGCGUGUGAACAGCCUCUGCACAGAUGAUGAAAGUCCCCAUAAACAGUUUUCCACUUCCUCUAUUGACUUGACUCCACUGGACAUUGACACUUUGCCCACGCGUCAAGCCCUGGAGCAAAUCAGUGACUUCAGGAACACUCACAUCACUACCACAACUUUCAUACCAGAGCAGAUCCAGACUCUUAGUCGCACACUUUCAGCUAAAGCUGCUUCUGGGUUCUCUUUCGGCAACGUGCCUGAACACCGGACUGGCCCUUUUAGGCACAGGGCUCCAAAUGGGGGCUUUUUCAGAAGUCCGAUCAAAACAAUGUCUUCGAUCCCGUAUCAACCUACUCCAACUUUAGGGCUUAACAUCGGCAACGAUCCAGAUCGAGGCACGUCUAUCUAAAGCUUCAGACAUUGGCUUUGUCACUGUUUCUUCUUGGGACUCCCUUUGCAAGGAGCGGCUGUGAUAUUGUGGAACUAACUUGGAUGUAACUUUUUUAAAAAAAAGAAACCUGGAGUAUUAGUAACCACUCAUUAUCCUUCCUCUUGCCCUCCUCUUUUUUCAUUUUUCUCUCUUCUACUACGUUAGGCCCUUGAUUUUUUUUUUCCAGCCCAGUUUCUUUAGGGUAGCUGCAUUGGCUGAAUUGAAGCAGUUCUAGAGUAUGUCUUUUCUAGAACAUAUUGUAACUUAACUUUAUAACCGUCAAGCUGGUGGGACUCGAUGGUUGCAUUUACUUUACUCCGAAGUAAAUGCAACCUGAGCUACUGUAGGACAACUGCCUGCCAUCCUUCUAAAACUCUUAUUAGUAGUUAUUCAGCUGUGCAGGUCUUCAAUUAUGAUUCCAAUAGGCUGUUUCUGAGCGCAUCGGGAUGUAAGUGUAACAACUGUUUGCCAUUCUGUAAAGCAGCCGUGUCUGUUUUUUUAGGCAUUGUGUAGCAGCUUUUACGAUCCCGGGGGCAGGGGAGGGGAAUAGCAAGUGUUUACAUGUUCAUACAGGUGCUAUGCUUGUAUUCCCACAUGUUCCAAAGCACCGUUCUGGAAAUGAACCCGAAGGUCUACACGGCAUUAUGUCAUAACACUUGAAAUAUAGGAGCUCAAUACGAAGUCUGUAUCAAAAAAAAAAAAAAUUACAAUGUUAUUUCACUGGAAUUACAUUUGAAUUGGUUUUAUUUUAUAUAUAUACAUAUAUAUAUAUAUAUAUAUAAAAAUUGCAAUAAUGUCUGUUCUCUGACAUCCAUUUCAUGCUUCUCUGCGACGGUGUGUCCUUUUUAACUGUGGACCAAAGGCCAACCUUGCAGUUUUUGUAGGGAAAACGAAAAUGAGAGAAACAGUAAAGGGAAGAGGAGAGACCAUUCAACGUGAGAAUGCAAUUUUGUAGAAUUUUCACAAAGCCAUUGCUAUGCCAGUAAAGACUACAGUUAAAUCUCCUUUUUUGCACUGCAACAGUGCAUAUGAUCUUUCUGGAAUUGUACAGAGUUUAAAAGGUGUUUUUUUUUCCCUUAUGUACAGAGAACUGUAUCAUAUGGCAGAAUCUUCUGUUAAAUAAAUUAGUCUCUCAUACAUACAUAUAUAUACCUAUCUAUAUAUAUACAUGCUUUGGUAUAUGUGAGUGGGCGUGUGUGGGAGGGUAUAUAUGUAUAUAUACAUGUGCACACACGCGCGCACACACAUAUAUGUAUAUCUAUAAAAUGGCAGCCAGUGCUAUUGCAAUUUGUCUAAUAAAGCUUUAGUAAAAACAAGUGUAUUCUGGAAAGAUGUACAGGGCAAAGAGUCAUUUUUUUUUCAAAGAUGGGGUGCUUUAACGCUAUUCUGAUUUACAUUGUUUGAUUGAACGUAUUUUAUACUGUUCCUUUUUAAUUAGAUCAUCCAGGGCAAUUUAACAUUUGUACCUAGAUGUGCAAGUCACUAAUUUAGAUUUUAUUUUUUUUUUUGCGAUCGCUAUUCAACAGUGUUUAAGGUUAUGGUUAAUCAUGCUUUUACAUUAAAUUGCAAAAUUGGAAAGCACUCAUUAGGUUAAAAAUAUAAAUACAUAUCCACGGGGAUGUCUGGUUUUCAGUUCGACAGAGCAUGAAAAACAGAUUGUGAGAGUUGAAUAAGCCCUAUUGCAAUCAAUACUGUCAAUAUUUGGAAAAGAGAGGUGAGUUUACAGGAAGAAGGCUGUUGAGAAUGACUGGUGUGGCCUUAAAUUGCAGUCCUAUAGUGCUCCAAGAAAGAGGGAACGGGGAGCGAAAAAUAAGCUUUUGUUUAAAUCUUUAUUACAUAUUCAAUUAUAGAUGUAUUUUUGAUGUGAGUUCCAAUUGUAUAGAAUGAGAAGCUGAUGACAGCAAAAAGAAAAAACAGCACCUGGUGACAUUUUUGAAGUUAACACUCUACUUGUUCAGAACUGUAAAAAUGAGCUUCAGUUGUAAUCUUUAUAAACUAAACUGCGGUUAAGUAGAAAGCAAGCCAACUUAUUACGUGUUUUUUCUUUGUUUUAAUUUGAUAUGAUAUUUACGUUAAUCUAACUCAGUUAUGUGGAUAGGACUUGAUUAUAAGAACCAGCUUAGGUGAUCUGCUGUAGGAAAAAAAUCAAAGUAUAUUCUUCAAAUCUAUUCUAUUUUGAUGCCUAAUUCUGUUCUGGGAGAACAUCUUGUAAUGUCAUUGUUUUUUGUAUGAAAUCUGCAUAAUAUUGUCUACUGUGUAAGGCAGAACAAUUUUCUUAUCAUGAGAAAGGCCAUUCUGUUUCCAGGGUACAAGUGUUUAAAAAGCAUGCACAACUUGUUUCCCCUUGUAACAUUCAUGAACAUCUACACAACUGAUUUAUAAAAGAAAAAAAAGAACCAAAAAAAGGGAAAAAAUUCUUUACAAGCUAUAGGGGUAUACCAGAUGUUGCGGCGGUUUUAGUGAUAAUCCAAUUAUUUUCAUGUGUUGUCUAUUAUACACAAACACAUUUUGGAGGCCUCGGUUGCAAGUGGCAGAGCUUUCUGUGUAUAAUUUGUCUAAAUAAUUUGUCUAAUAAAAUGGUUUUUUAAA